AUGGGUGGUGUUGAUGGCGAGGAUGGUGGUGGCUGGAUGGCACUGGGGCAGAAAAGCAUACCCACACCUCUCGAGGUGAGGCCAACCAAACCCAGAAGCAUACGAGGGUGGUUCCAGUGUGGAUGGAAUGGAUGUCCGAAACCAAAUUGUCCUGGCACAGGAGAAACGGGUCUAGAACCACCGGCUCCAGAACCCACUAAUCCCUCGCCUCCCACUUACCCAACCUCUGGUCCUCUACCACCAGCACCUACAACACCCACAUAUUUACCAACAACGUCUACACCAGGUUGGGCAACUCCACCCGGCCAAACGCCACCCACAUAUGGAUCAGCACCGGGAGUACCAGAACCCACUUACCCAUCAGCGCCCACCUACCCAACAUCAGGCCCUCAGCCAACAGCACCUACAGCCGUUCCAGAACCCACCUACCCAACUUCAGGUCCUUCACCAGGCCCAACGGCACCCACGCAUGGAACAACACCUACAGGCGUCCCAGAACCCACCUACCCAUCGGCACCCACUUACCCUCAGCCAACAGCACCCACAUCAGUGCCAGAACCCACUUUCCCAACUUCAGGUCCCUCACCAGGCCCAACAACACCCACACAAGGAUCAGCACCGGGAGUACCAGAACCAACCUACCCAUCGGCACCCACUUACCCAACUUCAGGCCCUCAGCCAACAGAACCUACAGCCGAUCCAGAACCCACCUACCCAUCGGCACCCACUUACCCAACUUCAGGCCCUCAGCCAACAGAACCUACAGCCGUUCCAGAACCCACCUACCCAUCGGCACCCACUUACCCAACCUCAGGCACUCAACCAACAGCACCUACAGCCGUCCCAGAACCCACUUUCCCAACUUCAGGUCCCUCACCAGGCCCAACAACACCCACACAAGGAUCAGCACCGGGAGUACCAGAACCAACCUACCCAUCGGCACCCACUUACCCAACUUCAGGCCCUCAGCCAACAGCACCUACAGCCGUUCCAGAACCAUCGGCACCCACUUAUCCUCAGCCAACAUCACCCACAUCAGUCCCAGAACCGACUUUCCCAACUUCAGGUUCUUCACCAGGCCCAACGGGACCCACGCAUGGAACAGCACCUACAGGCGUCCCAGAACCCACCUACCCAUCGGCACCCACUUACCCUCAGCCAACAGCACCCACAUCAGUCCCAGAACCCACCUACCCAACUUCAGGUUCUUCACCAGGCCCAACGGGACCCACGCAUGGAACAGCACCUACAGGCGUCCCAGAACCCACCUACCCAUCGGCACCCACUUACCCUCAGCCAACAGCACCCACAUCAGUCCCAGAACCCACUUUCCCAACUUCGGGUUCUUCACCCGGCCCAACGGCACCCACGCAUGGAACAGCACCUACAGGCGUCCCAGAACCCACCUACCCAUCAGCGCCCACAUCGGGUUGGGCAUCUUCACCGGGCACAACACCACCUACAUAUUCACCAACAUGGCCGACAUCUCUGGGUUAG